GCAACAUGACAACCACUGAACCUACCACUGCGAGCAACAUGACAACCAGUGAACCUACCACUGCAAGCGACAUGACAACCAGUGAACCUACCACUGCAAGCGACAUGACAACCACUGCAAGCGACAUGACAACCACGGUCAGCAACAUGACUACCACGAGUGGAACGACAAGCACCACCCCGUCAGUGAAAUCAAGAGGAACAACAUCAGCCCCAAAAGCCCGAUGGGAAGUGAAGGACAAGGACGGCAAACUGUGUAUGCUCAUGGACUUCAAUGGAACUAUAACUGACCUCGCUAAUGACGUGACUGAACAGAUACCACCUUAUGCGUCGACAUCGAAAUCCAACUGCAGCUCAUCUUCUUAUUCAGCAUUUGUCUUAAAGUUUGGGAAGUGGGGAAUUGUCCUGAACUUCACCACUAGAGGGGGCUCGUUCAAGCUCCAAACAAUAUCUGCGCGCACAAGCAUCUCAACAACGUCACGUUUCUCAUCCGUGACCACAGACUUCUUUGAUGUGCCUCUUGGCGACUAUUACACCUGCAGUCACUUCAGCUACAGUCUUGGUUCCUUUCAUCUCAACCUGACCAACCCUUCGCUCCAGCCUUUCGUCCAGAGAACCGAAGGAGGGGACAACUUGGGACAACCAUAUGUUUGUCGAAACAGUCACACCGGUAUCAUCGUCGGGGUCGUCAUCGCGGUCAUCGUGAUCAUAGCAGUCAUCGUGGUGACGUUCUGCGUGGUGAAACGGCGAAGAAACACGUCUUCUCCUCCCUAUGCUCGGGUUUAGUCAGGGGUGUGCAUGAUGAAUCAUUGGCCCUGCGUUUCAUACUUCCAUAAUAAUCGUAUAAAAGAUAAUCAUGUAACUUAUUGUAAGACUAGUAUUUGUCUUUUUCUAGUCUUUAACAUUGUAUGAUUUAGAAACGUUACAUACACACACAUAUAUUAUAGAUAGAUAGAUAGAUGUUUGGUUGUUGGUGACUCUGUACGUGACGCAUCCCGCGAGACCCCCUCCCACUUGCUCUGCCAUGUCCACUAUCUUCAAUAAACUACUAAAU